AUGAAGGCGACAACUAUUAUUAUUUUGAUUGGCUUGAUUUCCAUUUCUAUGGCUUCUCAUGGUUCUCCAAAACACAGUGAAUCGGAAAGCGAUGAAAAUCUUCUUAUUCAACUAAAUUCUGAAGAAGGUUCUGGUGAUAUUGAACAAUCAACUGAUAUUCCACCAAAAAGAAAUAAUGGAGGAGAAGGAAAAAGACGAAGACAACAAAGAAAUCAUGGACAAUUCAUAGUUCAUAAUUUUUAUUGA